AUGCCUCAUCCCCGAAGGUACCAUUCCUCAGAGCGCGGUAGCCGGGGGAGUUACCAUGAACGCUAUCGGAGCCGAAAGCAUAAGCGAAGGCGGCAGCGGAGGGAGGACAGCUAUCACGUUCGGUCCCGAAGCAGCUAUGAUGAUCACUCAUCUGACCGGCGGGUUUAUGAUCGUCGGUACUGCGGCAGCUACAGACACAAUGACUAUAGCCGGGAUCGAGCAGAGGCCUACUACUAUGACACAGACUUUAGGCAUUCCUAUGAGUACCAUCGGGAGAACAGCAGUUACCGAAGCCAGCGCAGCAGCCGGAGGAAGCACAGACGGCGGAGGAAACGUAGCCGCACAUUCAGCUGUUCAUCUUCACACAGCAGCCGGAGAGCCAAGAGUGUAGAGGACGACGCUGAGGGCCACCUCAUCUACCACGUCGGGGACUGGCUACAAGAGCAAUAUGAAAUUGUAAGCACCUUAGGAGAAGGGACCUUUGGCCGCGUCGUGCAGUGUGUGGACCAUCGCAGGGGCGGAGCAAGAGUUGCCCUGAAGAUCAUUAAGAAUGUGGAGAAGUACAAGGAAGCAGCCCGACUAGAAAUCAACGUGCUAGAGAAAAUCAAUGAGAAAGACCCCGACAACAAGAACCUCUGUGUCCAGAUGUUUGACUGGUUUGACUACCAUGGCCACAUAUGUAUCUCCUUUGAGCUUCUGGGCCUUAGCACCUUCGAUUUCCUCAAAGACAACAACUACCUGCCCUACCCCAUCCACCAAGUGCGCCACAUGGCCUUCCAGCUCUGCCAGGCCAUCAAGUUCCUCCAUGAUAACAAGUUGACACACACGGACCUCAAACCUGAAAAUAUUCUGUUUGUGAAUUCAGACUACGAACUCACCUACAACCUAGAGAAGAAGCGAGAUGAGCGCAGUGUGAAGAGCACAGCUGUGCGGGUGGUAGACUUCGGCAGUGCCACCUUUGACCAUGAGCACCAUAGCACCAUUGUCUCCACCCACCAUUACCGGGCCCCAGAGGUCAUCCUUGAGUUGGGCUGGGCACAGCCAUGUGAUGUGUGGAGCAUAGGCUGUAUCAUCUUUGAGUACUACGUUGGCUUCACCCUCUUCCAGACCCAUGACAACAGAGAACAUCUAGCCAUGAUGGAAAGGAUCUUGGGUCCUAUCCCUUCUCAGAUGAUCCGAAACAGAAAACAGAAAUAUUUUUAUCGGGGUCGCCUGGAUUGGGAUGAGAACACAUCAGCUGGGCGCUACGUGCGUGAGAACUGCAAACCACUGCGGCGCUAUUUGACCUCAGAGGCAGAGGAACACCACCAGCUCUUCGAUCUGAUUGAAAGCAUGCUAGAGUAUGAACCUGCUAAGUGGCUGACCUUAGGUGAAGCCCUCCAGCACCCUUUCUUCGCCUGCCUUCGGACUGAGCCACCCAACACCAAGUUGUGGGACUCCAGUCGGGAUAUCAGUCGGUGA